AUGUCGUACCCGACUCUUCCAACAAAUCUCCCUCCGGCGACGCCGCAGAAACCCCUUCCUGGAGCUUACUUUCAGACCCCGGCACCAGCUACAGCACGGCCUCUCCCUCCCAAGUCGCCAUUGCAGACUCAACCCCAGACGCCCAUGCCAAAGCUCCCUCCAGCAGCCUCGAAGACCAAAAAUCAAACAGUGAGCACCGAGGAACGCGGGGCGCGAACGAUCAAUAGCAGCUUGCAAAGCGAAUCGCGUUAUCCGGACCUUGAUAGCUAUCUAUCCCAGGGCUCCUCGUCUGAGUACAACAUCCCCGUAUCUCAAUCAUGGGCACCAUUCCAAAAAGUCAAAAUGUACGAUAUCCCCGACCAGAUUUUCGAUCAAUACAACCGCGCACAAGUUUCGACCAGCAUGGGUCUGUUCGCUGAGUUAAACCACGCGUGGGUCGCGAUUGAUAAUGCAUUGUACAUUUGGGAUUUCACACAUCCCAACCCGCAAUUGGUGGGAUUCGAGGAACAGCCUAACAGCAUCAAUGCUGUAAAGCUGACCAAACCGCGCUCGGGAGUUUUCUUGCCUGCGAUCACCCAUUUGUUGGUCAUUGCGACGACUGCGGACAUCAUUCUGCUGGGAAUGGGCUAUGAAAACACGCCCAGUGGAGGUCGACAAGUUUCUCUGUAUCACACGGGGAUGUCAGUGGCAGUCCGUGGCUUGGAUAUAAAUGUUUUUGCAGCAUCACCAUCCACCGGACGCAUUUUCUUUGGAGGGUCGUCUGACACUGAUGUACACGAGGUCACUUACCAACAGGAGGAAAGGUGGUUCCAGGGCCGCUGUGGCAGAGUCAACCAUACCAGCUCCCGUCUAUCCGCUUUCAGGCCUUCGAUGAGCCUGACAAAUCUUGCACAAAGCGCCGCCGAGCAUGUAGUGCAGAUGGCACUUGACGACAGCCGGAACUUGCUCUACACACUCUCCUCCUCGUCUACAAUUCGCGUGUUCCACAUGGGACCUGAGAACACUUUGACACUCGCAAUCACCAAACGCGCUCUAGAUAUCUACUCUAACAUCGGGCACAUCAUCACCUCAAACGAAACCCUCAACCCCAGAAUCAAGAUUGUGUCAAUCAGUCCGGUGCCAGCCACAGAAGCGUCGCGGUAUCAUCUAGUUGCAACGACAGCAACCGGCUAUCGCAUCUAUCUCAGCGCCACUGGUUCAAACAGUUGGGCGCCUGCCUCGACCAACACUAGCCCUCCCACAAGUAUGCAGGCACUGCAUGUCAAGACACCGCCCGUUGAUAUCUCCCCCGGUGUGAGCGGGGUGGCACCUUCCAUCUCACUUGCUUCACCUCUUGGCGCGGUUUCCCCUUCUGCUGGUCAGAUUACCACACUUUCACCCACUCGUCUUGCCGAGCGAUAUUCCCCAGGCUAUUUCUUCUGUUUCACUACUAAGGAUGCACAGCAAAAGAUUGACACACUUUUCAUCUCAACCCCCGACUCUGGUCGGGUCGCUCAGUACCAGGAAAGUUCGGUCAGUGGUAAGGCCGCUGAGUCGGCUAUCAUCCUGGACCUGGGAGGCAAGGCAGAGGAUAUUGGUCUGGUUUCGGCACCUUCGCCGGUGACCAACGAACUGGCCGUUCAAUUCGACCACCCAGCUGCUGAGAUUGCGAUCUUGACUAAUGGCGGUGUUCAUAUCAUUCGUCGGCGCCGUCUCGUGGAUAUCUUCGCGGCUUUGCUCCGCAGCAGCGGCAACCCCCAUGAGGGACUUACCGGCGAGAUCCAAAAUUUCCUUAGAACAUAUGGACGGAGCGAAAUGUUGGCAACUGCUCUAGCCGUGGCUUGUGGCCAGGGUAUGGAGAUUUCUCCUGACCAAAGACUGACCCGAAUUACCGACCCGGAUGUCCUUGCUGCAGCACGCCAGGCCUUCAUCACCCAAGGUGGCCGAGCCCAUCUGAAUGAAAAUGCUAUUGCGGAUGGCUCAACCUCCGCUCUUGACGCAGUGCAGCCCUCUCCUCGCCACACGGGAAUCGCACUAUACAUCGCCCGUCUGUUGCGAUCUAUCUGGAAGGAGAAAAUUGCUAAGGUGGGCAAUGGACCUAACGGCGCACAGUCCGUUUCAGCGUCCGUGAGUUCCAGUAAGCUGCAGGCUGUCCAACAUGACCUCUCCUCGCUGGCAGAGUUCUUCAAGGUGAACAAGACCUUUAUCGAUGGGCUCAACGGCCCCGACGCUCUUGCCCGGGUAAACAGCAAGCAAGAAGAAGUGGCGCUGCAAGCCGAGCACCGCGCAUUACACUCACUCGUUCAGUUGGUGUCGCACACGAUUGAAGGUAUCUCAUUUAUACUCGUUCUCUUCGAUGAGCGGGUUGAUGAGAUUGUGGCUACUUUGCCAGCUGAAUCGAAAGCAAAGUUCCUCAGCCUCACCUUUGAGGAACUGUUUAGCUCCAGCAAGGGACAUGACAUUGCCAAGGAACUCGUGAAGGGCAUUGUUAACCGCAACAUUGCCAAGGGUUCCAACGUCGAGACCGUGGCCGAUGCACUUCGACGACGAUGUGGCAGUUUCUGCAGUCCAGAAGAUGUGGUGAUUUUCAAGGCGCAAGAGAUGCUGAAGCGCGCGACCGAGGCCGGUGCCAAUACGGAACUGGGCCGCAACUUGCUCAACGAGAGUCUACAUCUCUUCCAGCAGGUGGCAGAAUGUCUACCUAUGGAUUAUCUGGUUUCUGCUGUGGACAAUUUCAUUGCCAACCAGUUCUUUGCAGGUGCUAUUCAGCUUGCCCUCAACGUUGCUGCUCGGUCCGACAAGUCAAACCUUGCCUAUUCCUGGAUUAUGGAUCAGCGUCCCGAACAGGUGCUUAUCCCCCUUAUUCCCUAUGGAUCCCAGCGCCAGCUCACGCUCACAACUACCCAGGACCCCCGCAAGGAGUACUUCUAUUUCCGCAAGCAGUGCUAUGAUCUCAUCUUCAAAGUCGUGCUUGCGGUUGACAAAUUGGCUGCAUCUGAUCCCGGUCUCAUUGAUGGCCAGUUGACCACUAUUGCCAAACGCCAGAACGAGGCCUAUGGCGUGAUCUCCGAUUCCACCGAUGAAGUGUUCCUGACGAGUUUGUAUGACUGGUACCUUGAGCAGGGCUGGAACGAUCGGUUGCUGCAGACGCAAUCGCCAUUUGUGGUCACCUACCUUCAGCGCAAGUCGAACGAUGAUCUGGGCCAUGCCGAUCUACUUUGGCGGUUCUACGCCCAGUCCCAGCGAUUCUUCGAGACUGCACAGGUUCAGUUCCAUCUGGCCAAUAGUGCUUUCGUGUUGCCAUUGAGUCGUCGUAUUGAGUACCUUGGUCAAGCCCGUGCCAACGCUUCGAUUUUCACACCGGACGUCGGGCGUCAAUCAAGGCAGCGACUGCUGCAAGAGAUUUCGAAUCUCAUUGACGUGGCCAAUAUUCAGGAUGAUCUACUCCAAAGACUCAAGGAUGACGAGCGAAUUCUUCCCGAGCGGAAACCCGAGAUACUGCGCGAGGUCGACGGGCCAGUGAUGGAUAUUAGUACACUAUUCAACAAAUACGCCGACUCCGCCAGUUACCAUGACAUCUGUCUCCAAAUCUUCUACCAAGCCGACCACCGCAAUGCGGCCGACGUUAAGGGGGUCCAUGACGCCACCGUUCAACGCGGCUCACCGCAACCUUACGAAGCGGUGAUCGACAAGGUCCGCAGCCUCGGCAGUCGUCUGCGGAUGUCCGAGACUAUUUUCCCCAUCCGCGAGCUCGUCCCCAUGCUGGAGCGGUAUGCAUUGGAGUUCCAGCGUAACGUCGGCCCGGCGACCUGGGUGGUGGAUCUGUUCUUAGAUCUUGGCGUGGCGCACGAAUCCCUGUACGCUGUGCUGGAGACGAUGUACUACACCGACGAGGCGCCCUUCCACGGAUCAAACCGCCGAUUGAUUGCACACGACCUGCUGUACCUGCUGACUGGAUGGUUCCAUGAGACCGUGCGCCUGGGCGGCAUGGUUUUCGGCUCGGAUAUCGUUGCCGAGCGUGUGUCUGAGAUGCUGCUGCUCCUGCAACAGAGCGGUGUCAUUAGUGGGGGAGCAAUUGGAGAUCGCUCAUGA